AGAUAGAUACCUAUUAAGGCAAAUUAUAACCAUCACAUCGUACUGAGAAAGAAAUCAUCAGCAGAUGUUUGAAAAUUAAUUUUAAAAAUGAUCUGAUCAGGAAACUGAUUCCGACAGGUGCGAUAGGUAUUGCGCUGCGUUUUUUAGCACUUCUUUGACAUGGAUCUAAAAUUAUUCAUCAUCUUUUGCUUCAACAUAGCAUCAGCAUCACAAGGCAAAAAGAAUCUCACAAGAGUACUGACCAAACCUUGUGAAAUUUUAAACGAUCCGAAAACGGUUACCACUGAAGUAUGUUCAACUUUUCAAGACCUCAUUCAAUAUUCCAAGAUAUGGGUUGACAAGUCUCUUAUUAUAAAAGAAAUUUGGAAAGAAAACAGCACCGAUGUUUUUAUAGUUACUGCUCCACGAGGAUGGGGCAAAACGAUGACUCUGUCUAUGAUAGGUUAUUACCACCAGCUACCAAUAAACGCUAAUGGAUCAGCGGCUGAUAGGAAGACAUCUGCAAACUAUCUUUAUUUCACCGAAGGCGAAAUUAUUGACAAUUAUCUUUCAUCAUCAGCGCAGCAAUGUGACUUCUCACCCCUCAUUUCUGGAGAACAAUCUUUAAACAACGAGCAUUUAGCAAAUCAUCCAGUUAUAUAUGUGAAUGGAGUGGAUCUUGUAAUUGGCGAGCAUUUCGUAGACUGUUUUCGAAAGAUGAUAUGGAAAACUUACCAACAACAUACUAGUCUCUAUAAAUUAUUAAUUAAAAAAUCUUUAAUUGCAAACGACGAUGGAGAAAAUAUAGAAGGAUCGCUCAACUUGGUUAGUUUUGAGAAAUUUGUGCUCUAUUAUAAUAAGUUUGGGAGCUUUCCAACUACAAAAUCUUUAAUUUUAAGCAUCAAAGAAGAAAAUAUAGAAAGCUCGCUCAAUUUGGAUAAGUUCGAGAGCUAUUACGUUUGGUCUAAAAUACAGAAUUUAGAUCGAGAGCGUUUAAAACUCGGUAUAAAAAUUUUAUCAGAUUUAUUGGAAAAGACUUAUAAGAGAAAAGUCGUAAUACUUUUCGACGAAUACGACAGUUUCAUUUUGAAUACUUACUUCGGAGAGUAUUUUCUUAGAGUUCCAUCAUCGAAACAAAUCCUCGAUGUUGUAGACUUUUUACAAGAAUUCGUGUACGAGACUUUCAAAGUGAACACCCACUUGGUCAAAGGUUUUAUAACCGGAGUGUUACCAAUGCUCGAAACCACAGGUCUAACUGGUCUGAAUAAUGUGGCUUUACAACAUGUGUUUGGGAAUGAUAGCUUUUUCCCCUAUUACGGAAUUUUCGAUCACGAAUUUCGUGAUUUGGUUUCCAAAAGAGGAAUGAACCAAAGCUCAAUGGAGGAUGCUGUUGCCCAUUAUGGCGGCUAUCACGCAUUAGGCCAUCUUGGUGAUCGAAUAUUCUCUACGUUUUCGGCAAUUGAAUUUGUCAAUACAAAAGUGGCAAAGGAUUACUCUACAUUGACACGACGUAUUAGCCAAUUGUUCCAACAAAGAAAUUUUAGCAUGGAUAUGGCAAAAGUUGUCAAGAACUGGUACAAAAACAAAAGUGUAUUCAAAAUCACGCACAAACAGAUGACAGAACUUACUGUGCUGAAUUUGGAAACUAUUUACAACCUAGCAAGAAAAAAGAUAAAUUACGAAUCUGACAUACAUCGAAAUUUAGUUUUUUCAUUUCUCGUAUCAGUGGGAUUUUUAUCAGUUCGUCCGAAUCAAUCGAACUCGAACCACGAGUAUCAACAAUAUCCCAUCAAAACACCAAAACAAGUUGAUAUCACUAUACCAAACAUGGGGAUAUAUUUGAAGAUCAAAAGAAAUAUUAUUAAUUACUUUAAAAAGUAUUCUGGUUUGUUCAUAGAAUCAGCCGAGCUAGAAUUCAGAUGGGUUGAUAUUAUAUUGGAGUCAAAAUAACAGCAAAACACUGCAGCCUCUAGCAAAAUAAAAUUAGAACAUAUUGAGCCCCCAGAAAAGAACUGAAAAAAGCCUGUUUGAAAGUAUUCUGCUCAGGAUGAAAAAUUUUAAUAUAAUUUCUACCUGCAGACAUCAGUUUUACAUUUUUUUUUGUUGAUACUUUCCAUCUUUGGGUGGCUUUAUGCAAGGGGAGCAACAUCAUUUAGAGGACCAGAAGGGGGUUAUCUUGGAAAUGUGCUCAUUUAGAAACAGUCUGUCCAUUGAAAAAUUUCCAAAAAAUUUCACAUGUAUGUCGUUUCAUUUCAAGAAUUUUUCUGACCAAAAAAUUGAAAAAAUAUUCAAAUCAGGUUUGGGAAAUCAGACAAGUAAUUCAGGACGUUGAGACAAACCGAGAGGGCAGACUAUACAGUAUACAGUAUACAAGUGACAUAUUACUGUAUAGGAUGAGAGCAGAGUGAAAAGGAGAAAAAGGUAUCGCAAACGAAGCAUGAUUUCAUCACGUUGACGAAGGACGAGAAGAGAACCCGCUGCCUGUCAAGCUUCAGCCAGACCCAGCCUGCUUGGUGGUUGUGGCUGCUUCGACGAUGAGUUAAAUCAUUAGAUGAAAAAUUGACGAUGUUUUCUUUAAAAGCAAACGAUAGAGACAAGCGAACGAAGGAACGAACGAAAAGAAAAGGGAAACCCUGACAAAGACGACGACGACGACGUUGAAAUGUUUCUUCGCAGAUGCAACGAAGGCAGCAGCUGUGUACCCGGCCUCGGCGGCCUCAUCGUCCUGCUGCUCUAACUCUAACAGAGAAUAAAAAGCAGUAGAAAAGCGAAAAGAUCAAUAUGAGAUAUCACAUAAGCGAAGAGCUAGCUCGAUGGUUUGGUUGCGGCGGUUCUUUCUAGUGCUUUUUCCAAUCAACCGCACAUACCUAGCAUCAAUCUUUUCUAAGUGGCGCCAAUUUUUUUCCACAACAACUUCAUCUUCGCGCGGUGCUGGAACGAAGACGAAGCGAUGCAGGAAUUAGCUUCGCUCAUUUUCGGCGCGGUUCCUUCCUUCUUCCCUAUCCCCCCCACACUUUCGAAGUAUUUAUUUUGUCUGCUCGCGAAGAUAAACAGACGCCAAGAACAGGGUUCGAUAAUGAAGUUAUUUUAACGCGAAAUUUUCCAUAAGUGGAUCGCUACAGCUAAUGAUGGGAUUACGCCUAUUAUACGUAUGUAUACAUUAUAGUGGGUACUUGUGUAGGGUACACUUCUAGGUGAACUCUUGUGCAUCCAUGUGUUAAUUGAAAAGAAAAUAAUGGAAAUAAGCACCGACGCGACGAUGGACCGAAGUGGACCCGAUCAUUUAAUUUUUAUGUAGGGGAAAUUUCACAUCGAAAU